CAAGCACUUGUCCUUGUGGGCUUGCGGCGGCAAGUAGCAAGCAGGGGCACAACGUCAGCAUUGACCACAACCUCCCGCGGACAGGAGGCGAGGGCCUAUCGACGCUAGGCCCGACGCCCAGAGUCUCAUCUUGAGCCGCUCAGACCGGGCCACCUUACGGCCGGGAAGGAAUCGCGCGAAACUUAUCCGACCCGCCGUGUGGUGUUGUGCUCCGUGUGUACCCCGUCGUACCCCGUCGCGUCGACGUAGUGAUGGUGACAAGGGUUGGCGGUGGCCGUGGACAAGUGCGUGACCGUAUUGCAAGUCGCCGUCUCGUCGCAGCGGCGGCAGUGGUGGCAGUGGCAGUGGUGGCGCCCGGGAGCAGGCCUCUGACGAAAAGUGUUAAAAGUGACGAGAGUUGAGCCGAGGCUGGGGCGUAAAUGAUGAUGUACCAGAAAGUGUCGGGGUCGGGUAUGACGACGACCGUGGUGAAGGAGAAGGAGGCCAUCCACUCGGGCCACUUCAUGGUGUCGCACUUCGAGGCCGAGGAGCAGGAUGACGAGGACGAAGUGGCCGUCCCCGUUCCGGAGGACCUCGACGUCCCGAGCAGCAGACAGGCCUACUCGCGCUCGCCGUCCAUCCACCUCAACUUCCAGCCUCUGGCAGUGCAGCGGCUGGGCCUUGGGGCUGACAGUUUUGGCGUCGGAGGGGGCGACGCCAGCAGCACCCUAGCCACCCUCAAGGAGUCAGGACAGACUCUGUCCAUUGAGACGUCGCUCUCCAAGCUCUUCCAGUGCAUGUCGCUGGCUUACAGACAAAAACUUACAUCACCCAAGUGGAACAGGUUUAAAGGCAUUCGGUUAAGAUGGAAAGAGAAAAUUCGCCUCAACAAUGUUAUCUGGCGAUGCUGGCAUAUGCAGUUCAUUCUCAAACAAAGCACUUUGGUGUGUCAGUUUGCCUCCCCAUUGGAUGUCGACACCCACAACAAACCAGAAGCUGUUGUUUUGGAGGGAAAGUACUGGAAGAGAAAGCUUGCUGCUGUCACUGCAGAGUACAAAAAAUGGCGGAUGUACAGAAGAAAUCGGAUUCUUGGCUGUGCCAAAGAUGGGUGUGAUAUGUUCAGUGACGUUGACAUGCUAGACUGGCAGCCAGACAGCAAUGACUCAUCAUCAAUGAUGUCUAUGAUGGUGGACCAAGAUUACAUGGAAUUCAUGAGUGAUACAUUGUUUUCUACUAUUCAGUCAAAUCAGCCUUUUGCCUUUCCUGACACUCGAGAGAUAGCUAAGGGAGCUGGCCUGGCAGACUUCAUUCAACCAAGCUUAGUUCAACUUCAACCAAAUUUAGAUGACUUUAUGGAUACAUUAGAACCACUUCAAGAGCUGUUAUCUUACAGACUACCUCCAGUACCUGAAGAAGCCAUUGCAGAUGAUGUUCUUUUGAGAAGUUUACCUGCUACAAGUGCCUCAUAUCCAGAUCUGAGCAGCAAAUCAACUUCAGCAAUAUCAAUGAUGUCAACCAUGGGAAUGUACCAGCAAAUGAAUGAUCCAUAUCGGCAACCAGAGUAUGUUAGUGUAGAAUCAUUGGGUUCAGAGACUCUUGACAGUAGGGCCCUGCAAGCCACUUUCUCUGAAUCAGAUCUUCAAGUACCACUGCAACUCAUACAAGAACAGCUUCAACAGCAACAGUCAUCCCCACUUGUAUCACAAAUAAGUCAGCAGCACAUUCAACCUAGCCGAUCUCCUAAUAAAACUCGAACGGUGCGGUCAGCUGCUCAAUCUAAAUCUCGUCCAAUAAAUCAAGCACCUCAUCAACAGGUGAUGAGGAAACAAACAGCCCAUGUGUCUCCUCAUCAUUCUCAUCCCAUGCAUCAACAGCAACAAUAUCAACAACCACCAUCAGAACAGCCAACGCAGACAGUUGGUUAUCAGCUAUACCCUCCAUCGUCACCUGUUCUGUCACAACCCCAGCCCCCUCCAUUACCUCUUUCAAUGGCUGAACCUCCUCCACGUGCCUCAAUAACCCAGGUGAAAAUGCCUACCCAAUCAUACAUGAGUCAAAUUACCAUGGUGCAAAAUACACACCCAGCACAGCAAGCUGCAAUUCCGCCUGAUUCUUUUAAAUUCAGUACAAAUCUAACACAAAGAAGUUUUAGUUUACCUUCUCCUCAAACUGCAUCUGCAUCAUAUACAAGCAGUGGAUCAAAUUUACGUAGUGUGACCACUGGGAGCAUGAGCAAUAUUCACACAGCAAGUUUAAGCAACACAGAAAAAAUUACUCCAACAAGAUCAGAGACCGAAUUGUUUGCCAUGCCAAAGGUGACAAAGUUGAGAAAUCGCUCUAGAAGUGGGUCAAGUUUAUUACCAGGCAAUUCUGCCUCUAAUAGCAGCUCAAGUAAUCUUAACACUUUGGGUUCUACCAUGGGAGCUAGAGGUGUACGACCACUGGUCUCAGCAGCGAGCAACCCUGAUCUCUCUACAAGUGCUCUGUUGGCCCAACUUUUAACCUCAAAUUCAUCUCCCGUUUACAACUUCACUGCUGGGUCAGAUUCACCAACAAGUAGUCGCACACCAGUAAGCAAAAGUCAUAAUAUUCCCAUUCUGCCUAUGCCAUCUGCAGCUACACCUCAAUCUGCUCAAGUCCCCCAUACAACUGCUCUACUUAUUACAUCAUCUGUGCCAAUGACCAUACAGCCAAGUUCCAGUACAGCACAAUUAAUACUCAAUUCUGCUGCUACUGCCACAACCUCAAGUGGUAUUGUUGCUACCAGCAAAGGAUCAGAUACUGCUAGCGACAGCUCAGCUGUUCCAUCUCCAGUUGGCCUUAGUCUAUCUCCUCUUAAUAUGGAAAAUAUGUCACCACCACAGCCACUAAGAGCUGAUGCAGAUUUUAGAACUGGCAAAGUAGCAGGACGAGGUGAACAUAGACGUGUUUGCCACAUAAAUGCAGAGCAAAAGAGGCGGUGUAAUAUUAAAAAUGGCUUUGAUAUGUUGCAUUCACUUAUUCCUCAACUACGUCAGAAUCCCAAUACAAAGACAAGUAAAGCUGCAAUGCUUCAGAAAGGUGCAGAAUACAUUAAGCAAUUAAGAGGUGAACGAAAUAAAUUGAAAGAGGAAAUGGAUGAUUUAAGACAAGAAAUUGACAAACUUAAUUCUGCCAUUAGCAACUGCCAGUCAAUGCUACCAGCAACAGGGGCCCCCGUGUCUCGCCACCGAGCGAGUAAAAUGCGAGAAAUGUUCGACGAAUAUGUUAGAUCUCGAACCAUGGAAAAUUGGAAGUUUUGGAUUUUUAGUUUAUUAGUAGAACCAUUACUUGUCUCUUUCAACAGCUCUGUUUCAACCUCUAGUGUAGACGAACUUUACAGAACAACUAUGCAAUGGGUUGAAAAGCAUUGUUCUUUAGUUGAACUACGUCCAGUUGUUUUAAAUUCUCUUCGGUACCUGUGCACAUCAACCGAAAUUUUAUCAGACCCAACAAGGCUGCCCGAGGAAGCUCGGCAAGCUGUUCUCAAAAAUGAAGGCAAUGGCGGUGGGGCCAGCGGCAGUACAAGUACCAGCAGCAGUUCACACCAGCCUCAUUGACUUGCUCGAGUGACUCUUGAAAUGUGUAUAUAAAUAUAUAUAAAUAUUCCAUUGAUUGCUCACAAAUUAUUUACGCUUAAAUGUGCAACUUUGUGGUUUAAACAGAGUUGUAGCACGCAAUAUACUGUGCAUUUCAAUUUUUAUUAAAGAAUUGAUGAGUUAAUUGUGAUAACAGUGCAUAGUAGAAAUAAGCUAGUCAGGCAAAAAAAAAAUUACUGUUGCUUAGCACAAUAUGAACUUAAUUAUUGUGAGAUGAGUAGAACUGGGUUUGCAUAUCAGGUUAAAAUUUCUCCCUAUUUCCUUUUUUUAGGUUAGAUAUAUUUUUAAAAUUUGGUUAUUAUAAUUUCUUAUUACUGAUUGACAAUGAUAAUUGUGCCACUUAUUGAAUAUACAUCAACUAAGUCUCUGGUAGAUACAUAUUAAAGCAGUGCUUUUGAAAUAAAUUGAAACUUCUAAAUUUGGCUUGCAGUUCCUCUCUCACAAACAAGGACUUAUCACCCUGUUUUCUCUUUUUCUUGUAUGAAAGAGAUAAGUUACAGCAAAGUUUACCUCAGUCUAUUCAAUGCACUUAAAAAAAGAAUUACAUCUUCAGAAGAAAAACCAAAUGUGUGCUAAGUUUUUGGUCUUCCUACUCCUAAUUCAUUGAGGAGUAAUUUGACCCUUCAUCUAAGGUAAAUGGUCUAUUCACUCCCAACUUUUUAAAUACAUUUUUGUUUUGGAAUGCCAUGAUGUAUAUUGUAAAGCAUGUCUGUGUCCCCGAAGUGCCAUCUUAAGUUUUUCCCUUAAGUACUGUAUGACCAGUGUGAAUCCAUGUUGAGUUAGGUCAAUAUUUGCUUUUCAUGGUGUACACAUACAGUAAUACAUAUGUAAUUAUAGGUUUAUAAUUGUUAUUGUGUACAGAUGUUUAAUAUAUUUACAUAUAAUUUAUGUCCUUUGUUUUACUUUUGUUAUUGUAAACAAGUUUGUGUUGUUUUGUGAAUCGUAUGGUGUUUUGUGAUUGUUAUCCGGUGUGAUAACCACCUGCCGUUUUGUCUGUCUUAUUUUUAAUGAAUUUUCUUUUUCUUAUUAUCUUGUCUCUUUAUGUGAUAUGUACAAAUUUUUAUUUCAUUAUACUUGGAGAGGCAAAUUUGGGAAAAUUUGCACUGUAAGAAAUAGUAGUAGUACCUGCCAUCUGUCAAACUCAUUAAAUAUAUUAUAGUCCAUUUAUCUUUCUCAGCUAAUUGGAAGUAUGUGGUGUUUUCAAUCCAACUUAACUCUAAAGAUUUCUUACAUCAAAAUGUUACACCGAAUCCUGAGAGGAUCGGACUAAAAUAGUCAUUUACAUAACUUGUAAGACUGAAAAUUAUUUGAAAUUGUUUGGUCUUUUAUCUUUCUCAGAAAAGCUGUUGUAUCCUUAAAAUCGCCAGUCAUGUAAUUACUUCCAGACAGUAUUGCAUAUAUUUUGACUACUGAAAGAUGUUUCAAUGGAGGCUUACUGGAUAUUUCAGAAGAACUUGGGAUUUGAGAACAAGGGAUUAUUGUACCCAAUUAUUUUUCCUGAGUGUUGCCCUAUCAUGAUUUCUGAGGCCUAAUUUUACUUUUGAUCUCUGGUUUCGCUUAAUCUGAUGUAAUUACAAGAACUGCCACAUGUCUUCCAUGCAUUGUUGUAACAUUGAUUUGUUUCCACCCAGUGAUUGUUUAUAACUGGACUGACAUUUUAUAAACUAAUAUGCAUGUCACAGCUGCAUUGGCAGGUUUCUGUGGAACAAACAUUGAGCAAAAUAUAUUUUUGACUAAUGAACA